GUGUGUGUGUGUGUGUGUGAAUGCGUGUGCGUUUUCGCCGCAUAAUCGCGGUCCUUCUACAGUGAGCUGCACAGAAUUUGUUUCUCGGGCUCCAAAUAUGCUCAUCGCUGUAUCGGAUGGAAAAGUUACCGGAUGGAAUGUGGAAAUCACCGGCUGCGAGCCCACGCCGUCUGUCAGACAUCAGCCCCCAACUUCGACAGUUAAAAUUCCUGGCCGUCGAAGAAGAAAUAAAUGAAGACUUCAAGUCUUCCCGCUCGGUGGAGGACAUAAAAAACGCGUCCAUCGAGGAGCGCAUCCUCAGGAUCACGGGCUACUACGGCUACCAGCCAUGGAGCUCCACUAACCCAGUUGUGGAGAAGCCAAACAACGAGAGGGUGGAAGUGAAGGUUGAUGGCCAUAUUGAGACAAAUGUGAUAAAUGUGGAGAGUACAAGUAGGCAGCAGACGGUAUGUUGCUGUCUGUGCUGGACUGUAGCCCACCUGAGGCAGGCACUGUGGGGCGUCACUGUGGUCCUCUGCAUCUGUUCGGCCUGGACGGGAUCCACUCAGCUGGCCAAAAUGACACUCAGACAACUGAAUGUUCCUUUCACUCUCACCUGGUUCUCUACCUCCUGGAACAGCCUCUUUUUCCCUCUAUACUAUCUGGGCCACUUGUGCUGGAGCAAGGAGAGGCAGAGCUUUCGACAGCGCUUCAGGGAGUGCUGUCAGUUCCUGGGUGAUGAUGGACUGUCAGUGAAAACGCUGCUGUCGGUAGUGGCACCAUUCGGAGUGCUGUGGACGCUCACUAGCUACUUGUACCUGCAGGGCUUACGCAGGAUCCCUGCAACAGAUGCUUCAGCUCUCUUCUGCUGCAGCCGUGCAUUCAUCUUCCUCAUCUCCUGGAUCGUGCUGCGUGAUCGCUUCAUGGGAGUCAGGAUUGUUGCAGCCAUUUUAGCCAUUGCAGGCAUAGUAAUGAUAACAUACGCUGAUGGGUUCCACAGUCACUCUGUGAUUGGCAUUUCCCUGGUGGUUGGAUCUGCAUCAACAGCAGCCUUGUACAAGGUACUCUUCAGGCUGGUUUUGGGUAGUGCCAAGCUGGGUGAGGCUGCAUUGUACUUGACUGUCCUUGGAGGAGCCAACAUGGUCUUCGUCAGCAUUGUAACUCUCAUACUCAUCCUCACCGGAGCUGAGGAUUUUGGCUCACCCAGAGAUAUACCUUGGCACAGUCUGUGUUGUACUGCUGCACUUCUACUGGUGUUCAAUUUCCUGAUAAAUUUUGGUGUUUUGAUAACACUUCCUACAUUGAUUUCUUUGAGCAUUGUCCUCAGUGUACCUGUUAAUGCUGUAAUAGACCGCUACAUGUGUGAGAUCCAGUUCAACAGUGUGCGUAUCAUUGCCAUGUCCACAAUCUGCCUGGGCUUCCUGUUGCUGCUGCUUCCAGAGGACUGGGAUCAGUAUCUCCUGCAGCUUCACUCUAUGGUGUAUAACAGGAAGAAGCCACAAGAGGGAAGCAGAGACACAAACACUGAAACACUACACAUUCACUCAAGCAAGACAGGAAACUGCAACGCUAAAACAGCAUGUUCUCGUUAAGCUGAUGUUUGCUUCAUGUCACAAGAGGAGCACUGCAUUCAUAUCAGUGUGACUGAAAUAACAGCACCUACAUAGAAACAUAACUCUAUGCAGGAUUGCAGAUUUGGUUGAGUGAACUAUGCAGCACUUCUUCAGUUGAUAUUUACAAAGACUGUCAAAACAUGAGGUAUGAGAUGAACACUGACUCCAUCUUUUAUUUAUUGCCUCAACGCACAAGACUGCAUAAUGUAGUAUCUUGGAUAAUUCAGAGUUCUAGCUGAAAAUGAUUUAUGCUGCAUUUGUUUUGUAUUGGACAGUUAUGUUUAAUACAACUGAAUAUAUUGUGACCUUAAUGAAUAUCCCAUUCUUUCUUAACCCAGAUAGAACUUCUAAUACAAUAUAAUACCUUAUAAUGGCAAUGUAUGGACUGAAAUCAUAUAUGGAUAUACAAAGUACUAAUCUUCAAUUUCAAUGCAUUGCCACAGCCUUCACACUAAUGCUCUUAUGAAAAAAAUAUAUAUGCAAAUUGGUUAUCUAUAUAGUGGAAGUUUAGGGCUUUUAUGUAAUCCUAAUAAACAUUAUACCCAUGGACACCCAUGAAACACCAUCAAAUCAAUAAUUCAUAUUAUGUACUUCAAUAACAGUGGCAAUGUGUACUUAUUAUAUUCCUGUGGAAUUGUAGCUCACUGUAAACCUUUGUAAGGCAUGACAGAUGUUUAUUACUUUGACAUGCUGAAUAACUAAAAAUAAAGAACUAAACAAUGUAAGGAACUUUACUUCUAAUAUAUUUACUGUAUAUACAGUAUGAUGGCUCACAGAAUGACUUGAUGAGUAUGAAAAUUAUGUAAAUCAUAGACUGUGGCCCUCACAGUCAACAAACCAACGUGUUAGACUGUGUUCUCCACCACCAUGAUCAAAACACUGAUUGAUGUAAUGUUGAUCAAUAGUGUUCAUCCCUCCAGUAUACUUCCGGAGGCAUAUAUGCCAAGGCACAUUGAAGCUGUUAUGUGUGAGCCUACACCUUAAUAACAUACUUUAUAUUUUGUCAUCCAGUUGUAUCUAUUACACACUAUAUGCCACAUGUAUACAAUAUGCUUCAUGUACACUACAUGCCAAAUGUUUGGAAGCAACAGUAACUUUUUGUUUGUUUACAAAAUUUGACUAAAUGUCAGUGGACAUAGUGUACAAUUAAUGAUGUCUGAAUCAUGUUACAGUUGAAUCAUUUUACAUUUGUAAAUUACUAGGAACUGG